AUGCAUGGUAUCCUACCGAACGGGAAGAAGACCGAUUUAGCUUUACCCAAUUCUGAUGAAUUCCCACUAUUCAUGGCCCCAAGUUCACAGUGGGCGCCUGCGCCGUUCAACAAGGCCGCUCUCUCAACUGUACAGAAGGCGAUAGAGCGGAUCACGGACCCGGAGGAUUUGAGCGGGCUGUGCCAUAUUGGGCAGAAUAUUCAGUUUCUCAAAAGUCGCCUCUGGGGAGGCCUUGCCCCAGUGCCCGCAUCGCGGUGGCGCGAAAAAGAUCUCAACAACCCUGACCAUUUCACGAUCGCCCAUGAAUACCUGACCUCCGCUAUUGCCGUCUUCGAGUACCUAAAUAUUCCUCAGAUCCGGACUAACAUGUGCGACACCUUCAACAAAAUAUCUGGUGACUUCGGAGAAAUGCAGGACGCCUUGAAUGCACGGCGCAAGGCCCAGGGCAACCUUUCUCCGGAGCUCAACCUUACUGCUCUUUGGGAACAAUUCAUUCGCGCGCUGUACGAAGUCAUGACCAGCACCGCCCAUUCUUGGGUUCUGGCCCGCGUUGCCGAAUUACGUGAACGGACAAUGGACAGCUUCAGUGAGAGCCAAAGACUAGGUCGAUUGUGGUCCGAUGGCCAGCCUCAUCUCGGGCGAUGCUGCUAG